AUGGCAAACUCAGAGACAGAGGCCAAGUCGACCAUCAAACCCAAGCCCGAGAGACUCCCUAUCACUGUCUCGAAGCCUACACCAUACACGUUCGACCUCGGCCACCUUCUUGCUAACGAUCCGAAUCCUCUCGAGCUCCCAAAAUCAGAGCCUCUUAAUGCAUCACUAAAAGCCACCGCCCGUGACGGCGUACAAAGCCUCCUCAACCAGCUCCUAACUACCUGCCCCAUCACCUCCUCGCAACAGGGCGUCCUCCUUACUCUCCCUGCCCCCUCGACGAUUCUUCCACGACACAAGCCUCUUCCGACACCCAAGCCUCCCACCAAGUGGGAGCUGUUCGCUCGCAAGAAGGGCAUUGGCAAGUACAGUAACAAGCCCGGGGCUGCUCUGGCGGAUAAGGAGCGUCGCAAGAAGCUGGUUUAUGAUGAGGAGUCGGGCGAGUGGGUACCAAGAUGGGGAUACAAGGGGAAGAAUAAGGAUGAUGAUCAGUGGCUGGUUGAGGUAAAGGAGAAGGAUUGGAAGAAGGAGGAGGAGGCCGCGGCAAAGGGCAGCUCGAUUCGUGGUAUGUCGCGUGCUGAGCGCAAGGAAAGGAUACGCCGCAAUGAGAGAAAGAUGAGGGCGAAUGAGCGGAAUUCCCGGAAGUCCGGAGGGAAAUAA